GCGGCAGUCUUGGUUAUUUGACCCCUCUGGCCGAGCCCCUGCGCAACCGUCUCAGCAGGCUCCCGCGUUCACCGAUGGUCAUGGCCGCGACAUCGGCCAAGGCAGCCGCGGAGGCGCAGGUUCACAAGAAACUUAAAAAGACGCCGUCCGAGGAGACGGCCGUCAAAGCGUGCAGGGACAAUUUCAAGAGCUACACGGAUGAGGAAAUCUUCGUCCAGCGGGGCGAGGACGAGACGACUAUAUUCGAGAAUGUCCUCGCGCAGGUCCGCAAGAAGAAGCGUGACCGCACCGUCAAGAUGGGCGGGCUCUUCUACCGCAGGAUGAAGGAGAAGCACCCGAAGAAGAAUGACCAUUCCGAGGUGCUGGUGGGGGCAAGUCCGCCCGAGCCCGUAGCGCCACUCCUGUUCAAAGCUUUGGUAGCGUCCAACAAAACACGGCCGGACCACACGCUGAUGGUGACGUACAUCGGCGCCAACGAAGCAAAGAACAAGAACGAGAUUGUUGGCAUUGUUAAAUGGGCCAUCAAACUGAACCCGAAGGCACCGAAGAACGUGAAGUUCUUGCAGCCCUUCCUGAAGUUUGUCGUGCGGACGAAGGUCGCCGAGAAGUACGGUCUUAUAUACGACAGCGUCGUGAGGCCGUUCGCGAACAAGGUGGUGAGCGCCAUGUGGGACCGGGCCACGGGCACCAACGUGAAAAACCCCCCAACGGCGCAGAAGUUCUGCGAGUCCCACCCGGUGUUGAUCCGCUCGGUCUUCCCGCAGACCCCCCUGACCGCGGUGCUGGGCUGCAAUGGCAACUACGCGAAGGUGAAGAAUCACCUCGACGCGCUCGUAUCGUGCGGCGAAGCAGGUCUAGACAUUUGGUCUUUCGCCCUCAUUGGGGAGGCGAGCAGGGAGGUUUCCAAGCUGAUCGAGCAGCUGAGCGACGAGUGGAUCGCCGCUGGCGAUCUUACCCAGGACGGCCUCGAUGCCGUGAAGUUCAGCAUAUACGAGAGGAUCACCCAGGUGAAAAACUUUGACCUCGUCCCGGAUGCUCGCACGGUCGUGGUGAAGUGUGCGGGGCACUCUUUUACCAUUGAUUUCGGCUCCUUCGCUAGCGAGAUCAGCGUCAGUCUGAACUUCCGUUGGCGGCCCAUGGCAGUCGCCCAAAAGAAGUUGCCGAAACUCUGGUGCGAGGACGUUGUCCUGAAGAACCCGCAGGUGGCGUCCGCUCGCGCUAUCGGGGAAUGCCUCUGCGCGCAGCCCAAGGUCGCUCGAGAAGCUUGCAACCGUGCUUUCCAGGAGGCAGGCAGCAUGACUGGCGAGCAGACGGCGACUUACCUGAGGGCCAACCGCGGGGAGUACGACGACAACGAUGGCGACUUCGAGGGCGACGCGCAGCUCAUUUUCUCGACGUGCGGCGUGAACUCAGAGGCCCGGCUGAUCGCUCACAUGGCGUCUCUGUUCCCGACGGCGGAGGUGGCUGUUGAGCCGGACGAGCUCCUCCAGAAGAUUACGGGUCUCACCAAGGUGGACGUGUACAAGAUGGCGUCGAAGCCAGCGCAAGUGAAGCACGGCGUCGUCCAGAAAGUUCUCCUGGCCAUCGUUGACGAUAGGUGCCCAGACGUGUCGGCCCUCUGGGCCGACAAGUAUUUGAUUGCCGUGAAGGACCAGUUCCCGUACCUCGUCCGCGCAGAGAAGUCGGCCAGUGCCGACGACUCCGCGGCGACGACAGUAUUCGGCUUCGAGGCCUUGCAACUGAAGCUGAAGACGGCGCAGACCACGUUGGCCGACGAGCAGACGAUUGCCAAGGGCGACGUGCGGGAGCUGAUUACGUACCGCUUCUUGGUUCCGACUGGCGAGCUUGCACCUUUCGACGCCGUCAUUGGGAGGGCCGAAGGCACGGCGACUCCCAAGGCAAAGGGUGCUAAGGCAAAGCCCAGCGCCAAGGGUUCCGGUGAGAAGACUUCGAAGGCCGUGAGCGCCGCCAUGGCGAUGUGCUCCUAG